CUCCCCAUCCUCUCUCCGCCAUGGAAGCUCUCGAUUUCGUAAAGCUCCAUAAUCUCUACUCCCAUUUCUCCUCCAUUGUUGAAACUGCAUAUCCUCUCAUUCGUUCUCAUUUCUAUGGCGACGAUCAAGAUGAAGAUUCAUUCUUCGAUUUGGAUUUCAUCUCUCUUCCUCCUCCUUCAGAAACCGGCAAAUCUCCCGAUGAGAAGAUUCUCACAGUACACUCAAGCCAAAACGAACUCGGUUUCUCUCAACGGAAUCUUCUUCUCUCCCAAUCCGAUCUCAUCUCCAAACGUAAAAUCCUUCCGAUUGAACUCAGUUCCAAGCCAGAGUCUCCGGUUUCAGUUUCAAUUCUUAAAUCCGCACCUAGACUCUCGAUUUCAUUGUUCAAGAAGCCAAAGUUAAUGGCAAAACAGAAGAUAGAUGAAACAGACUCACCGUCUCACAAAUUACAAAGCACAGAAAGCAAACGAUUCGCCUUCAAACUAAACAGAGUCAACAGUUCAAGAAAUAACAAUCGGAUUGACGCAACAGAGCGUCAAUCAAAGAGAGAAGGAAUGCAGAAGUAUCUAAAAUUAAUCAAACCACUGUACGUAAAAGUCUCGAGGAAACAAAACUACAGAUCUUCGCCAGCAUCUUCCCCAUCCACAACAACGACAACGGCGACAUCGAUUGAUGAGAAACAGAGGAAUAUUGCGAUAGGGAUUCGAGUGGUUUGUAAGCGUUUAGGAAAGAGUAAAUCAUCAUCAUCAUCAUCAUCGGCAACUGGAAUGGCUGUAUCGCCGACGAAUCGACGAGACGAUUCACUUUUGCAACAAGACGACGGGAUUGAGAGCGCCAUUCUGCAUUGCAAAAGAUCAUUCAGCGCUACAAGAGAUGAUGUUGAUGGAACUUGUGACGAUAACGUAUUCGUUACUGAGGAUUUGCAGAAGCAGAAGACGGGAAAAGAUUCUUUCUCAGAAGCCAAACAAGACGAACAACAUUGAAGAAAGCGAGAGCGAUAGAGAGAGAAUUUUUUUUCUUUCUUGGGUUUUGAUGUAAAAAGAUGAUUGUAAAAAAAAAAAAAAAAAAAAAAAAAAAAAGUAAAACUGAAUUAGGCAGUGAACGACAGUUUUCGUUUUUUCCUUUUUCUUAGAAAAAUGAUAAACAGUGACUCGGUGAGUUUGUGGUAGCGUGGCUGACUCGCUCGGAGGUGUAUUUGGUAAAUAAUAGUUAAAUGAUGAUUGUUAAUUUGUUUGUAUGUCA